AUGGUGGUUGGAGAUUCAAAUGUUGGUGUGAGGGCAGUGGGAUUUCAAGCGAAAGGCAAUGAAGGUGGAGUAGAACGAUUACCCGGUAGUGAGGACAAUUUUGAGGAUGAAGACGUGAAACCCUUGACAAGGAAACGAGCCAAGACUUCAGCUGGUCCAUCAAAGAGAAGAAAGAAAGCAGCUCCCCCUCCUCCCACUGAGCCAGAGCCACUGGAUGCCACCUGGAUUCAUCCAGAAUCUUAUGAAGAAACAAGAAAACUCUUAAAGAUGGCGUUCUCAAGUGGAAAGGACAUUGGCAGUGAGAGCAUCAAACAUAAACUAGACAAUCUGAUCAAGUCAAGAGGUAAAGAAUCAUUAGCAGAGAGUAUUGGAGUGGGCGAGCCGACUUUAGACUUGAUCAUCAAUGGAUUGCAACAACCAAGAAAUUAUGAUAUCCGAGUGGAAUUUGAGAAGCCCCUGUUCAAGCAGGAAAUCAUCACGAUCGAGCAAAUCAUGCCGGGCAUGAGACUCUCUGGUCGGGUGGUCAACGCCGUCCACUUUGGAGUGUUUGUAGACGUCGGCUUGGCAGACCACGGCCUCUGCCACAGAAACCACAUGCCGCAUCACAUCUUGCAGGGAAAGGUCCUGGGACCGGGCGACAAGAUAGAGGUGGUGGUCACGGAAAAGAAACUGGUGAACGGAAGAAAGUGGAAUGUUAGCUUGAGACUUGUAGGUUUAAGCUGAUAUGUCCUUCUGUCUAUCCGUUUGCGUGUUUGGGGUGUGUCACGUCGUAGAAGGAAAAGGUCUUGGGACUGGGCGAUAAGGAGAGGUGGUGGUGGUGGAACGGAAGAAAGUGGAAUGUCAGCUUGAGACUUGUAGGUUUAUGCUGAUCUGUCCUUAUGUCUGACUGGCGUAUUUCUAGGUGUGUCCAUGUGUCACUUUCAAAGACUAUUCGUCUUUUUCUUCUUUUUUUUUAGCUCCUGUGUGAUUUUUAUAUGUGUCUUUGGUAACAUGUCAUUUGCUCUUAAUAAUUAGGAUGGAUGAUUGGAUGGGGCAUUGCUAAUACUUUUCAUCUUUUCUCUCUUAUCUUCUCUAUUAUUUCUAUAUGUCUCUUGGGUAACAAUAUCUAAAGAUAUAAGAGGAGGUUUAGGGUUAUAAUGGGUAUUUAGUUCAGAAUCAUUUGAGGAUUAGGAUUAAGUUUAAGCUCAGGUUUGAAGCUCAGGUUUAUGUUUGGCCUAAUAAGUGCAUUUCAGUAGGAACAACUGAAUGUUGCAGGAGCAAAACAUCUCUUUUUUUCCAACCCACCUUGUACAAGGCUUAUUUAUUGAUGAUGAAGAUAAUGAAUAUAGUAAAAAAAUGAAGUAAUAUGCACAUAGUAAUGCUGAUAACCUCUUCAUAAAGCUAUAACGAGAAUAUCACAUUCAAAAUGUUGAUUUCUGUAUGUUUCUUGUUUUAUCGGCCAAUAUCUCUUAUUCCAAGUCACCUUGUACAAGGCUUAUACAUUAAUGACGAAGAUGGUGAGGAAAGUUUAUGGAAUGUAAGCAGUGAUCCAAACCUUGUCGCAGAGAUGUUACGAGAACAUCACUUUGAAAGUAUAUGAUUUCUCUAUUUUUCUUGUUUUAUCGGCCUCUUAUUCCAACUCACCUUGAACAAGGCUUAAUCCCAUUUAUUGAUGACGAAGAUGAUGAGUAAAUUUGUAAGCAAUGAUCAAAUCGUCAUCACAGAGUUGUUACGAGAAUAUCAUUUUGAAAGUGUAUGAUUGUCACGUUUCUUUGUUUUAUCUGCCAAUAUCUCUUUUUCCAACUGACCUUGAAUUAGGCUGAUUGUUGAUGAAGAAGAUGAUGAGUAAAGUUGAAGUUAUGUAAGCAAUGAUCAAAACGUCAUCAAAGAGUUCUUUAUCACUUGGCAAAAGAUGUUAAUUUUAUUUAGCAUUCAAGAAUGCCAUAAGGCAAUGCAAUGCAAGAAUGUAUGUCAUAAACUGCUAUUAAGUAUAAACAACUAUAAAUCACAACUUAGCACAACUUAAAUUGAAUCCAUUGUUUUCUUGACAUUCCUUUCAAGUUCAAGGGAAAAUAUUUGUAAAUCUUUUUUUUUCUUAUCGGAGAUAAAAAACCCUGAAGAUAAAAAGUGGUAAUUGCCACCGCUUACUGCAUUACAAGAGCUAAAGAAGUAAGAAUUUAUUUGAGUGCAAUUGAAGGCCUACGUUAACAAAUUUACAAAGGUCUUCUUUUAAGAAAUACUUAACGUUGAUUCAGGUUGUGCUUAAUUUUGUUUUAUUUUAUAAGCACUGAACAAAAUAUUGUUGAAGGUGUCCCACAUGCACCAAAAUGGUAAUCAACGGUGAAUAGUAUUACCUACAAUUGUCAGAGCUGACAAUUCAGUCAUGAAUUGUGCUGACGUGAUAUUUUAAAGUGCCUUUGCUUGAGGAUUUUAAGAAAAACAAAUUAGAGAGCAAUGGCAUUGCAGUAUGUGAUAUAUAAAAAUAGUAUAUGUUGAGAUUUAAACAAAAAAAAAUUGAAAGAAAAAUACAAGAACAAUGUCAUUCUAAUUUUGUUUUAUAUCUUCUUUUUUUUUGGGGGGGGGGAUAGAGGGAGUUUAUAUCGUUAUCACCGUCACGUCAUUCAUUCUUUUUUAAUAUUUUGUUUCCAAGCAGUGUCCUAAUUUUGAAUGAAAAUGUGUGAUAUGGAAGUAUUGAAGAAAUAUCUUCUACACAUAGGGAGAUAACCACAACUCUUUGUUAAGUGGAUUGCAAUACCCUAACUACAACUGACAUCCAUUUUUAAAUUGAUGUAUAUUUUUUUUGGAAUGUAACUGUUAUAACAGGAGAAUACUGUAAACUUUAUCUUUGCAUAUUUGAUUAACGAAAGGGAGAUAGAUUAUUGAAGAGUUAUUUUCAUUAUAUUUUUGUAAUUAUUUAUUCAUUGUGGUCUUGAUAUGAGUCUAUCAAGUAUUAUACACAUACCUUACAGUGUACAAUCAUAAGUUAAUGCAGGGUUGUGAUGGUUCUGAUUUUUCCACGGCAUUAAGAUUUUGUUCAUCCGCAAACAUCAUUUUUCAUUUCCCACCACUUAGAAAAUCUAAUUUCUAAUUAAAUUGCUAGCACUCAGUGGUUUAGCAUAUGUUGAUGAAAUAUUGAGUGCGACAAGAUGCCACUUCAGCACUUUGUAUGUAUGUUUUUUAUCAGUGCCAACAAGUCUACUUUUAUUGCAAGGUUGCCAAAGUGAAGAGUGACCUAUGAGUAAAGAUCUUGUAAACACAUAGAAAUAUUUAUUUUUCAACAUUAAAUUUACUUUUUGUUU